CAUACAUGUAAGGGCUUAUUUAAGAUGGAGGGUUAUGUGAGGUUUUAAUUGUGUGGAUAUUAAACCCAAAAGGCUUAUCCUCUCUCUCUCUCUCUCUCUCUCUCUCUUCACUUCCAACUCCCAACUUACAUAACGGUUAAUUAGAAACAUAGUAACUGAAAACAAGAUUGUUGAGGAGGGAAAUGGCGAGCUUGAAGCCGCCCUUCUCUCUGCAAACCACACAUGUCGCCAAAUUCCUCUUGCCAUUUCCCAAUUCAAGAUUCGACUCUCCCUUCACAGCUCGUGGCAGAGACUAUAGAGGCUUCAUUUUACAAUCUCUAGCAUUAGUUGAUCCUUGCUCAUCGAGCUAUAGGCGUUCCCACGUGAAAAGGCGUCAGUUCUUCGUUACAAAUGCUUCAGCUCAGCCCUUGACUGAGGAACUCGUGGAAGACAAACCAUUGGAUCUUUCCACGAGUGGUGACUCCAUCCGCAGAAGGUUUCUUGAAUUCUAUGCUGCAAGGGCUCACAAAGUUCUCCCGAGUGCUUCUCUAGUCCCGGAGGAUCCAACAGUUUUAUUGACAAUUGCUGGAAUGCUUCAGUUCAAGCCUAUAUUCCUCGGGAAGGUGCCUAGAGAAGUACCCCGAGCUGCAACUUCUCAGAGAUGCAUACGAACAAAUGAUAUUGAGAAUGUAGGUCGAACCUCCCGACACCAGACAUUCUUUGAAAUGCUUGGGAAUUUUAGUUUUGGAGAUUACUUCAAACAAGAGGCUAUAAAAUGGGCCUGGGAGCUAUCAACAGUGGAGUUUGGACUACCAGCUGACAAUUUAUGGAUCAGUGUGUAUGAAGAUGACGACGAAACUUUUGCAAUAUGGCACGAUAAGAUGGGCGUUCCAGCAAAUCGCAUAAAAAAACUUGGCGAAGAGGACAACUUCUGGACAAGUGGAGCAACUGGUCCAUGCGGACCGUGCUCUGAAAUUUAUUACGACUUCCAUCCCGAGAGGGGGCAUUCAGAUGUUGAUCUUAAUGAUGAUUCGAGGUUUAUUGAGUUCUACAACCUCGUUUUUAUGCAAUACAAUAGAAAGGAAGACGGAUCACUCGAGCCCUUAAAACAGAAGAACAUUGAUACUGGGCUCGGGUUAGAGCGUAUGGCUCGCAUUCUUCAACAGGUUCCAAACAACUAUGAAACCGAUUUAAUUUUUCCUAUUAUCAAGAAGGCCUCGGAUUUGGCAAAUGUGCCGUAUACACUUGCAGAUGAGUCUACAAAAACGAACCUUAAAAUAAUCGGAGACCACAUGCGUGCAAUAGUUUAUCUUAUAUCAGAUGGUGUUUUCCCGUCGAAUAUUGGAAGAGGCUAUGUGGUUCGUCGUCUGAUCAGAAGGGCAGUAAGAACCGGCAGGCUGUUAGGUAUAAAAGGAGACGGUAUGGGAAACCUUGAAGGUGCGUUUUUGCCAAUACUAGCUGAAGAAGUUAUCAGAUUAAGUGCCAACAUCGAUCCAGAUGUGGAGACGAGAACUCCCCGUAUCCUUGAGGAGUUGAAGAGGGAGGAGCUUCGCUUUGUUCAGACACUCGAGAGAGGAGAGAGGCUUCUAGAAGAAAUCCUAACUGAUGCACUGUCGACUGGACAGAGCAACGGGACCGAGCCUUGUAUAUCUGGCAAGGAUGCGUUUCUUCUCUACGAUACAUAUGGUUUUCCAGUUGAGAUAACGAGAGAAGUUGCUGAUGAACGCGGUGUUGGGAUAGAUAUGGAUGGUUUUGACGUGGAAAUGGAAAAUCAGAGACGUCAGUCGCAGGCUGCACACAACACGGUGAAACUCUCUGUUGAAGAUGGAGCGGAGCUGACAGAGAACAUUCCGGACACCGUGUUUCUUGGUUACGACACACUUUUCACUAGAUCAGUGGUUGAGGGUCUCUUAGUAAAUGGCAAGCCGGUAGGGGAGGUUUCUGAGGGAAACGAAGUCGAAGUGUUGCUAGAUAGGACCCCUUUCUAUGCAGAAUCGGGGGGGCAAAUCGGGGAUCAUGGGCUCCUAUAUGUUACCGAUGCUCAAGAGAAUAAGGAAGCCGUCGUGGAGAUACAAGACGUGCAGAAGUCGCUUGGUAACAUAUUCGUUCACAAAGGAACUGUCGUAAAAGGCCUGAUCAACGUGGGUGGAGAAGUUGGAGCUGAGGUAGAUGCAAACUUGAGGCAACGAGCAAAGGUCCACCACACGGCCACACAUCUGCUCCAAUCCGCACUCAAGAAAGUAGUAGGCGAGGAAACCUCUCAAGCCGGUUCUCUGGUAGCGUUUGAUCGCCUCAGGUUUGACUUCAAUUUCAAUAGACCUCUUCGCGAGAAUGAGCUUGCAGAAAUCGAACGGCUGAUCAAUCAAUGGAUUGGAGAGGCGACACUCCUUGAAACGAGAGUGAUGGCGUUGGUUGAUGCUAAGAAGGCUGGAGCUAUCGCGAUGUUUGGUGAAAAAUACGGAGAACAGGUACGUGUUGUGGAGGUUCCCGGUGUGUCCAUGGAGCUAUGUGGUGGCACACAUGUAACGAACACUUCAGAAAUACGCGGUUUCAAGAUAAUAUCCGAGCAAGGAAUCGCAUCUGGGAUCAGACGCAUUGAGGCCGUGGCAGGCGAUGCUUUCGUAGAGUAUGUCAUCACCAGAGAUAACUACUUGAAGCAGCUCUGCUCUACUCUCAAAGUAAAUGCUGAAGAUGUCACGGCUCGAGUGAACAAUCUUCUUAAGGAUCUACGCGAAGCAAGGAAUGAGGUCUCGUCUGCUCGUGCAAAAGCAGCGAUCUACAAAGCAUCGAGCAUCAUCAGCAGCGCGUUCACAGUAGGAUCUUCGUCUAAGAUAACAGUGUUGGUUUCGAGCAUGGAGGAUAUUGAUGCCGAUGCAUUGAAGAGCGCGGCCGAGUAUCUCGUAAACAAUCUGCAAGAUCCAACGGCGGUGAUUCUUGGAUCAUGCCCGGACGAAAAAAAGGUGAGUUUGGUUGCUGCAUUUUCUCCUGGAGUGGUUAAACUUGGGUUGCAAGCAGGGAAGUUUGUGGGGUCCAUAGCGAAGGUGUGCGGCGGGAAAGGAGGCGGCCGCCCUAACUUCGCUCAAGCGGGCGGGAGUGAGCCAGAAAAAUUGCCCGUGGCACUUGAGAAAGCACGGGAGGAGCUCGUCUCCGCGCUUUCUAAGGCAUGACAUGUUAGGUGGCACUUGAGAAAGCGCGGAAGGAGGUUGUUUCUGCGCUUUCUGAAGCAUGACAUGAGAUGACAUGUCAUGUUGAAUAUAUAUUCUUAAUGCUCAAGUUGCAAGUUAUAUGGUAGAAGAAAG